AUGGCCGAAGAUUUUAAUUUUCUUCACAGAGACAGCAUGCUUGGCCAGACAUUCGAAACUUCGUCUGACACGAUGCCUAACGUACUCAUCGUACUUAAUGUAACCCAGCUUCCGGUGGAGUUACAAGACGGCGUUUUAAAGGCCAUGAAGCAUGCACCCCGCAACAACAUAGUGAAUGGUGCUGUUGAUUGCCUUGAUAAUGACUACCAAUGGCAUACAAGUUUUGUCUAUGAUCAAAGUUUGCGCCCUGGAGAAUUAGUUGUGAACAGCAACCGCUCCAAUUAUGGAGACACUAGUUUGUCCGAAGACUUUCAAAUAUGUGUACGAUACAAUCGAAGAAUUGAAGCUUUCCGCGCACUGGGAAGACUGCUGGGUGCUGCGCGUGAUCCAAGAGUAGGGACGGGUGAACAUGGCAUGUUUUUAAAUUUUACAGAGCAGGCACAAUUUGAAACACAAGGUGUACUGAUCGAUUGCAGUCGAAACGGUGUUCUUCGACUCCACAGUGUCUAUUUCAUCCUGUGCAAUAUGGCCUACAUGGGAUUAAAUAUGCUCCAGUUAUAUACUGAAGAUACUUAUGAGGUUGAAGGAGAACCGUUAUUUGGAUAUUUAAGAGGAAGAUAUACCCAUGAAGAACUUUCAGCAAUUGACGACUAUGCAUUUGAUCUGUUGAGUACAUUGCGCCAGUUCAUCGAGUGGUCCACAGGAAUUGAGGUGAUACCCUGUAUUCAGACACUAGGUCAUUUCGGCCAAGUUUUACAAUGGCCACAGUAUACACAUCUGCGAGAUAAUCAAGAAGUUCUGCUUGCUGAAUCAGAGGCAACUUAUGAAUUUAUCGAAAAAAUUGUAAAGGCUGCCGCCAGCCCAUUCAGGUCCAAGCGGAUUCAUCUAGGAAUGGACGAGGCAUAUGGCUUGGGUGAAGGAAGAUAUGCGCAAUUGUUUGGCUUCAAAGAACCAACCAAGAUAUUUGUGGACCAUCUGAAACGUGUACAUGAGAUCUGUUCCCGCCUUGGGAUCCAACCUAUGCUCUGGUCAGACACGGCCAAAAAUAAUACACUUCAAGGAUAUUAUGAUGAAUCUAGUAAUCCGGCAACUCCAGAACUGGUUGAAAGCAUGCCUCAGAAUAUUGAUCUUAUUUUUUGGGACUACUAUCACACUAACCCUGAUGUUUAUGAGCAAAAAUUGAAACAGCAUCGGGAUCUAGGAUGUCGACAACCUUGGCUUGCAACUGGAGCAUGGACUUGGAGUAGGUUCUGGACAGCCCUACCUUUCACCUUUGCAUCUGUAAGAGCAAGUACAGUAACAGCCAAGAAUAAAAAUCAUGGUGUUCGAAAUACCUUUAUCACCAUCUGGGGGGAUGAAGGCAAUGAAUGUGAUAUAUAUUCUGCUCUACCUGCCAUGUGCUAUUAUGCACACCAUGGCUAUAGCAGCCAGGAUGAAAUUGAUAUUUCUUUGCUAAAACUAAGCUUUGAGGGUAUUUGUGGGGCCAGUUUUGACGAUUGGAUUGAUGACACACCUAGUGGACUUCCUAUCACCCAGCGUACGCAUUAUGCCCCAAAUACAAGCAAAUGGAUGUUGUGGGAAGAUCCAUUCGUUAGCUUCUUGUCUCCUCAAUACUCAGACGAAGACUUUGAAACUCAUUAUCGUUCCAUUGCAGAGCAUCUUUUUGAUGCUUUGGAAACCAAGAGAAAUCUGGGUCCCCUUAAUCUACGCCUUGAAUUUCCUGCUCGUAUAGCUACUGUUCUAUCCCUGAAAUGCCAUCUAAGACAACGAUUAGAAGAUGCCUAUCGAAAGCGUCAGUACGAACAACUUUAUGAUCUUGCUCAGGGUAGGUUGAGCCGCCUAAGAGAAGAGGUAGAUCAUUUGUGGAGGUACCAUCGGCAGAUGUGGAUGAAAAUGUAUAAGCCUUUUGGCUGGGAGGUUCUUGAGUUACGAUAUGGUGGGUUACGCACAAGGCUUGAGACUAUGUAUGACCAAAUAAUGGCUCAUGUUGAGUAUGCAAUGACAACAAAGGACUCUUUGAGCGAAAGUGAUCCUUUAGAAAACGAGCAUGCACGUAUAGAAGAAUUUGAGGUGGAUCUAGAAUGCCUUUUCUUUGGAUCACGUACCAAUUUACUUUUGGACUAUUCCAGAGCAGCAACUUCCAUACGCCAUGGUUAAAGAUGUUUAAUUAAACUUUCUCAACAAUCUCGCACCGUUGUAUGGAAUUUAUUUUUCCUUUCUUUCUUCUGCUUGACAUUAUUGUUUAUGCAUAAAUAGAACAAGCUUAAUAUCAUAGCUCCUAUUUUAGUGUACUCUUAUUCUGUCGAUGCUAUUAUAUAUAUAUUUAUGUAUUAA